AUGAUGAAGGUAUUACUGAAGAAUCUGAAGCAGAAGAGGUCAAAUAUAGUAAUCUAGAAAUUGUGGAGCAUUUUGACAUCGAAAAUAUAGUAUACUUAAGUGAUGAAAUAUUUCAAGAUGGUGAAUAUGAUACUGAUAAUCUAGCAGCAGAUUUAAUAAGAGAAUGGGGUUAUGAUAAUGAAGAUAAUGGGUUAAGUAGAACAGACCAGUACAUUAAUAAUAAUUCAAAUACUGUAGAUGAAGAAGAUGCUAGUGAAAAUUUAAGUGUAAAGAAUGAUAGUAUAAAUUUGGAACCAUUACCUAUAGCACUUCGAAAAACUU